GCGUAAGUAAGGCCGCCGCCACCUCUGGCUUCACUGGAUGAUCGUCGGUUUGCGUUAGCGCCUGGCUGUACUCUGUGUGUGUGGAUAUUGCCGAGUGAAACUGAGGCCGAAGAUGAGAUUCCUGUGGUGUGCCUGCUUCUUUGUGGCUGUCGUGUUGACGAGUGCUGCACUCGGACAGGUGAGGGAGGGACGCAAUCACACGUGCGGCACAGGCGUGAGCUGUGUGUUGUGCACAUUGGCUCAGGAGGUGUCUGGCGGGACUGCGCUGCGGGGGGGAGUGAGUGGCCAGCAGACAAACGACGUCCACCAAGGUCAGCCACACGCGCACGACGACGCACGAGCACUCUUCCGUCCAUCUGUUCACACGAUGCCAUGCUGUGCGUUCCCUCGCCGUUCCUUCGUGCAGGCGACGACGCCCCUCUGCGCCGCCUUGUCUGCUGCAGCCAAUGCACCACCUCCAGCUGCUUUGCCAACUGUACAGCCGGCUGCAUCCAGUGACAUCCCUUCCCCUCUUUCUCUCUCAUGCUGCAGAGGCCACACACGAUGACACGAUGCGCAUCUAUGGCUUCAAUCGAAUGCUCCAUCUCUCUCAUCAAUUGGAUAUCGUAACUGUCUUGGAUUGGAUCUGACUUCUCCCUUGCAUGUGCUCUCUCACUGGCGGGCAGCCAUGCCAUUCCCCAUUGAAUGAAUGACUAGUGGGAGAUGGACAGGCAGGCAGGCAGACGUACAUGUGGACGGAUGUGUGCGAGGAAAGGGCAAAGAGGCGAUGCGAAUGCAUAGCUACAAUUGAAUGCUCCAUCUCAUCGAUUGCAUUUGACUGCAUCUGCUUGUGGGCCUUAGGUGGUGG